UUUUUUUUCUGGCCCAAGUUCUGUUCUCCAGACCCUUGCAUUAUCCUUCAAUCAAAUUCAACAACCUUCAUUUUGCGCCUCACCUGAACUCAGCCCAUAAACUGUAAAGGCUGACAAGUUCCUAGAGUGAAUUUGCUGUAUUAGAUAGUUUUAUCUUUUUUUCAACGCACAUCACUUGCGAAUGAAAGCUGCUAGAUUCGCCAGAAUGGCAGCUCCCAGCACUCUCCUUGAUGGUGUCUUCGGCAUCAAUAAACCUAUGGGUAUGAGUUCUGCUCAGGUUAUUAGGGACUGCCAACAUCACUUUAACCCCUCUACAUUUUUCAAGCCAAUGAUAGAUCAAGAGAGGGCAGCCAGGUCGCAAGAAUCCAAUACCAGACGGAAGCGACGUGGAUUUGGUAAGAAUGACAUUCGAGUCAAAAUGGGCCAUGGUGGUACACUUGACCCGCUUGCCACUGGUGUUCUGAUUCUGGGUGUGGGUAAGGGUACUAAGUCUCUCCAGUCUUUCUUGGAUUGUACCAAAACAUAUGAGACUGUAGUGAUUUUUGGUGCCAGUACCGAUACGUAUGAUAGGGUCGGUAAGAUCCUCAAGAAGACAGCAUACGACCAUAUCACUCAGCCUAUGGUUGAAGAGGCGCUUAACUCUUUCCGUGGAAAAUUCCAACAGAUGCCACCGCUUUAUUCAGCAUUAAAGAUGGAGGGAAAACCUCUUUACGAAUACGCCAGAGAGGGUAAGCCUAUCCCGCGAGAAAUUGCGACUAGAGAGGUGGAAGUGACAGAACUCGAAUUGGUCGAAUGGUAUGAACCCGGUCAACAUUCUCAUCGCUGGCCUGCUGAGGAAGCCACCACAUUUGAACGUAACUUCGCCGAGCAGGUCUGGAAGAUCGAAAAGCAGCAGAUGACUUCCAAGAAGCUUAGCCCUGAAGAAGAGGAACAAGAGACGAAGGCUUUGAAUGAGCAUGAGAGCUUCAAACGGAAAUCUGACGAGAACGUUGACGCGCUUGUGUACGACAGGGUUAACAAGCGUCGGAAGACUUCGCAGCAUGCACCGUUGAUGUCGGGAGCGCUGGGUGAUCUUCCUCCAGCGACCCCAAAGCCGGGAAGGGGAUCAAAUUUGAUCCCUGAAACUUCGGAUACUGACACACCCCCACCAUGGGAGGACAAAGGUCCGCCAGCAGCAAGGAUUCGAAUGACUGUAACUUCCGGCUUUUAUGUCAGGAGUUUUUGUCACGAUCUGGGAGUGAAGAUUGGAUCUGCGGCAAUGAUGGCAGAGCUUUGCAGAAGUCGGCAAGGGGAUUUUGUCCUGGGUAGCUCCAAUUGCUUAGAAUAUUCAGACCUGGCAAAGGGAGAAUCCGUAUGGGCUCCUCAAUUGAAGGAUAUGCUAUCUCAGUGGAACAACAAACCGCGCGGCAAGUCCUCCGAGCCAGCUCUAAGAGCUAAGCCGGUCUUACCAGUAGCUAAGAAUGAUAAGCGGGAUCGAUCUGCAUCUCCAGUCAGGUUCGAGGAGCCUAAUAACACGAGCACCUCAAACGAUAUAUUAGCAAGCAAGAAGCCAACGCUGCCAACUCUAAAAUCUUCUUCUCCAACACGAGAUGUCAAAUCUGAGGAGGUAGAAGGCACAAGGUCGCAAGAAACAAAUGGAGACGACAGCUCAGCAGACAUAGCACAAGCUGUCGUCUCUACAGGCCUACCCGCGUCUCAAGCAGCCGCCAAAUCGGAUAUCAAGAGCAAAGAUGCUGAUGAGGAAUCCUGGAACGGAUUUCCCGAUACCCCUGCUGCCGUGAAGGCGUAGAUAUACUUUGGUCAUCUGGAACUUUAGCUUAAAUGGCGUUGAUAUAUAUUGUUUCUUCCAUAGAGACAUGUAUAGAAAUGGCGUAGCGUUAUUCACGGGAGGCGUAUUUGUUUUUUUGUUGCAUCAGCUAGGCGUCGGAGGACUUGCAUAUGACCAAGAGACUCAAAACUAGGCAAUGUAUAUAUCUGGCUAGGUUUUCGGGAUACAACGGGAAUCGACUCAUCGAAUAAUUUCGAUAGUAUGAAAUGGAUGCAGUCCUAACUUAUUAUAUAUGUUGGCGAGUAGGUGAACUAGGAGUAAACUAAUGUGACCCUUGUGACGAUGUGACGAAUGGUAAUGGAUGUAUAAAAUAGGGAGUAAACGGGUGCUAUCUAUGACUAGAAUGUAUGCUGAAUUAUGCGUAGAAGAGAAAGGUGAUAAUAGGUAUGUAGACAUGGCUACGAAUAGCGGGUUGGAUGGGCCUGCUUAUAUAGAUGAGGAAUAAGGUACUAAAGCAAUAUACUUGGAAUCAAGUGUAGGAGGUAACUCCAUAUAGAAAAUGAGGCUCAUAGAAGUGACA